UUAGAGGGGGCACGGCUCACUGUCCGUGCACAAUAUAUAUACGUUAUAUAUAUGUAUGUCAGCAAGGUAGUGUGUUCGCGGAUCGUGUAUGCAGAAGCGCUUAAAUAUUAAUCACAUUACGGAUGUUUUUGCUGGAGUGACGCGGGCGUAAUAGACGGGACGAUUAUCGAGAUGCCACGGAUGUACAGGCAUAGUGGGAAUGGAAAUCCGUGCUAAAUACGGAUCACAUAACUUGCAAAUAAGCAGCGCCGAUGGACGCGGCCAUGUUUUCUGAUAGCAGAAAUCUUACCCAUUAAUAAUUCGUUAAUCGUCGACUACGAAGUGGAGUGUACAGAAUGCCGAAAUGCGAUGUGAAGACAAGGUAUCUACCAGCUACGUUUGCCUGGACAACCCUACUCAGCACUACGACACUCUUCUUCUGUUUUCCGUGUCAGUAUUAUGUGUUUCGAUGGGGAACAUGGUUACCUGCUCUUCAAGGAGUCAUCACCUUUUUUGUUUUGGCAAAUUUCACACUAGCAACAUUCAUGGAUCCAGGUGUUAUUCCAAAAGCACCUCCUGAUGAAGAUAGAGAAGAUGAUAUACAUGCUCCAUUAUACAAAAAUGUAGAAAUCAAUGGUAUUACAGUUCGUGUGAAAUGGUGUGUAACAUGCAAGUUCUAUAGACCUCCACGUUGUUCACAUUGCAGUGUCUGCAAUCAUUGUAUUGAGACAUUUGAUCAUCAUUGCCCAUGGGUAAACAACUGUAUUGGUAGAAGGAAUUAUAGAUUCUUCUUUUUCUUUCUUCUGUCACUUAGUUUUCAUAUGCUCAGUAUAUUUGGACUUUGCUUAUAUUUUGUAUGGGAACGUAAGCAACAGUUGGGUGAAGUGGACACUAUUGUUGCACUUGUACUCAUGGGAGUGGUUAUACUUUUGUCCAUUCCAAUUUUUGGACUAACUGGUUUUCACGUAGUACUUGUUUCAAGAGGGCGUACAACAAAUGAACAGGUAACAGGUAAAUUUAAUGGAGGCUACAAUCCUUUUUCUCAUGGUUGCUUACACAAUUGCUGUUAUACGCAAUUUGGACCACAAUACCCCAGCUUGAUUAAGCCUGAAAAGUAUUCAGGAAAACGGCGUGGAGUUUCUACAUCUGAGAUAUCGACUAUAGGCAGUGAGAACCAGGUAAAAACCUACAUGGAUAGCAGCAAUGGUGUUAGAAAUGCCAGUUCAAAUGCUUACAAUAAGUUGUCUCCUGGACGAGAUGGAUCGGAUACAGACAUGGAACCUACUGCGUCUCAGUCCGCGGAUUGCGAACCUACACCUCCAGUACAAAGACAUGGUUCCAAAAGCAAUUUCUUCCUGCCACCUGUGGAGAACAGUGAAUCUCCCAGGCACCCUCCACCAUCACAACAUCGCCACCCAAUGCAUCAUACUAGAGGCAGCCCUCAUCCAAGGCCAAGGGGAAUGAAUGGCUCUCGAAGUCAUACGCCGGAUCCAUUAUCGCCAGAAGCAAGUGGAUCACCUGCCACAGCUUCUCAAACAGAUCAAGGUCAAGGAGGUGCUAGUCCAACAACGCAACGGAUUAAAGCUAUUGGAGUACCAACUCCACUUGCUAUUUCCAGCCCUAUUCGCAGAUCAAAUCCAGGUACGCCGACGCAGGUUCGUCGGCCAGAUUUUAUAGGAGUAAACGACGCACCGACUUAUUAUGAUGUACAGCAAGGAAAUAAUACCGGUGUUGGUGCUACAAGUGGUACCGUCGUAACUGGUUACAGUCCGCAACGGCGUUUCUUGUCAGAAAGUGAGCUCGUUCGCCAAGGUACUGAUCAUUCGUACUCAAGAACUAACAAUACUGUCGACAAUAUCCGAGAAUUAGCGGGUUCACCUCAAUGUGGUGUCUAUUUGUGGAAAGAUAAUUCUCCUGGCAGCUAUCCUGCUCCAACUGGAACAGCAAGUGCAACAACACAUCAGUCACCUUCGCAAAGACCUCCACCGCCGUAUGAUUAUUACCGCUCUAAUCCAACGAGUCCUACUCAACAGUUAUAUGCCAAUGCUCCAAGAGCGGUCUAUCAUCCUGCGAUGAGAGGUGGAGUACCGGUCUUCCCACCACACCAAUCGUGCAGGCCAAUGUCCUUUGUUAGAGCUUUGGAAAUGACGGAUUCUAUGGAGAUGGUGUCAGCGCCUAACGAUAACAGAUCACAACGACCCACGACGCCGACACCGGAUCGCGCUAGUGUCUAUGAUAUGAACUAUGAAAUAUCUGUAUAG